GUAAAAGAAAAUGUAUUUUUUUUAAUUAAAAAAAAAGAAGAAAAUGAUAAUUCGUUGAAAUAUUUCUGGGAAAAAAUCAAAGCAAGUUUUGUUCCAUUCCCCCUCAUCCUUGACCAGAGUUGCUGCAUCAAUCCUUUUAACAAAAAGCAUAGAAUUGGUUUUUGGUGCACCAACCUAUUGUUCCGUUUUAUAUGCUGAAAUCUUGAUUUCUUAUGUUUGGUUUUCUGGUCUGGGUUUUUGACUUUUUGGGGUUGCCAAAAUUGCUAUGUAACGAGACAUUAAUUAAUUAAUUUAUGGGGUAAUGUCUAUUGAAGAAAUCAUUUACAAUAUAGUUCCCGGACAUUAAUUGGUUUUCAAUUUCAGUCCCGCAUUUUGGCUUCUUGAGAGGAUUUGGAGGCCUGCAUUGAUUGGUUUAUUAUGCGGGUCUCGAAUGUUUCUUGAGUGACACAACAUAUUGGUUACAAAGGUAUGGGCUGCAUUUGCUCAAAGGGUUCUUCCGAAGAUGAAAAUGUUUUUGAACAAAAAGAAGUUAAGUCUUCUGUACAUAUGGUUGCUCCCUUGCAUAGAGAGGAGAUUAAAGUAGAAUUAGUUAAUCCUAAGAUUGAAAUAAUACCUAAAUCAAAGCGGACAUCAGAAUCUGCUCUUAUUUCUGUCCUUGCAACAAAAGUUGAGGAUGAUGGAAAAACAAGAAUUAUCGAGAGGCCUAAGGAAGGCCAUCACAAGAGACGCUCCACUGUUGAUUUUGGAGUGCAACAAUCAAUGUCUAGAGUUGUAAGCAUACCUAAUGCUGCAAAGGGUGAACUCGGAGCUGCAGGAUGGCCAUCCUGGCUAACUUCUGUCGCAGCUGACGCUAUUCAAGGGUGGCUUCCUCGAAGUGCAGACUCAUUUGAAAAAUUAAAUAAAAUUGGUCAAGGAACAUACAGUAGUGUGUACAAGGCCCGUGACCUUCAAACCAAUAAAAUUGUUGCAAUGAAGAAAGUGAGAUUUGUCAAUAUGGAUCCAGAGAGUGUUCGCUUUAUGGCAAGGGAAAUAUCUAUUUUGCGUAAAUUGGACCACCCAAAUGUUAUGAAACUUGAGGCUUUGGUCACAUCUAGGAUAUCAGGGAGCUUAUAUCUUGUAUUUGAAUACAUGGAACACGAUCUUGCUGGACUUGCAGCAGCACCUCGUGUUAAGUUUACUGAAGCACAGAUUAAAUGUUAUAUGCAACAAUUGCUUCGUGGACUUGAACACUGUCAUAGCCGGGGUGUACUUCAUCGAGACAUUAAGGGUUCAAACCUUCUCAUUGAUGAUAAUGGUGUUCUAAAGAUUGGAGACUUUGGCUUGGCUACAACCUUUGAGCCCAACCAAACACAGCCAUUAACAAGUCGUGUUGUAACUCUAUGGUAUAGAGCUCCUGAGCUUUUGCUUGGUGCAACGGAAUAUGGAAUGGCCAUAGAUAUGUGGAGUGCUGGCUGCAUCCUCGCUGAAUUAUCUGCUGGAAAGCCUAUCAUGCCUGGAAGGACAGAGGUUGAGCAAAUGCAUAAGAUUUUUAAACUUUGUGGUUCACCUUCCGAAGAAUACUGGAAAAAAUCAAAACUACCUCAUGCUACUAGCUUUAAGCCACAACACCCAUACAAUCGAUGUGUCACUGAUACAUUCAAGGAUUUUCCCCCUUCAGCUUUGGCCCUUGUUGACAUCCUACUUUCAAUAGAACCAGAAAGGCGUGGUACUGCUUCUUCUGCACUCAACAGUGAGUUCUUCAGUACAAAGCCCUUACCUUGUGAUCCAUCUAGUUUACCGAAAUAUCCUCCAAGCAAGGAAUAUGAUGCUAAGAUGCGGGAAGAGGAAGCAAGAAGGCGGAAAGCUGAGAGUGUGAAAGGAUGUGGAGAUGAAUCAUUGAGCAAGUCGUCAAGGCAAUCAAAGGGAGAAAGCACUACAGAAUCUAUUGCUGGGCAGGGACAAUCAAAUCUCAGCAUCAGUGUUAAAUAUAAUCCUCUAGAAGAAAGUGGAACUGGAUUCCCUAUUGAGCCACCAAGAGUGAAAAAUAGGAAUGGAUUUAUUCAUUCUACUUCAGUGAUCCAUCCUAAUGCAGCUGGAUAUUCUCGCCAAGUCAAAGAGGAUUCAUGUACAUCCCAACAUGGUGGAGAGUUUCUAAGACAGGGUUCUCACACGUCUCGAGCUGUAGGAGACUUUUCAAGUGUUCAUUCAAAGAGGGAUGACGGAUCAUCUUAUGGGGAUUCAACGGUUUAUGUGCCAAAGAAAAGUAGACUUCUUUGCUCUGGACCUCUAGUACCACCAGGGGGAAGUAUGGAAGAUAUGUUAAAGGAACAUGAGAGACAAAUCCAAGAAGCAGUUCGAAAAGCACGUCUAGAAAAAGGAAGGACCAAAAAGAAUUGUUAUGAUUAUGACUAG